CGACCUCCUUCGGAAAUGGGGAACGUGCAGUCGGAGCCGUCCGCGGGCGGGGGCUCCCGAAAAGAGCAGGCCUCAGACCGCGCCUGUGAUUCCCGCCGGACGUCCGUGGUGGAGCCCGAGGUGACCCCCUCCUCCCCGGCUGUGCGCCUGGCUCGAGGGCUGGGCGUCUGGUUCCCUGGCACCUCCACGCCCCCGGGACUCCUGGUACCCCCGGAGCCCCAGGCCUCACCCUCACCCCUGCCCCUGACCUUAGACCUGCCCUUGCCAGUGACGCCCCCUCCAGAGGAGGCGGUUGCGGCAGCGGUCUCUACACCACCCUCGCCCCCCGUGGGGACCCUGUUGCCCGCGCCUUCUAAGUGGCGAAAACCCGCGGGCACUGCGGUUUCCCGGAUCCGCGGUCUGUUGGAAGCGAGCCAUCGCGGCCAGGGCGACCCUCCGAGCCUCCGCCCGCUGCAACCGCUGCCCCGGCAGCUACCGGAAAAGGACCCUAUCGCGAGGGCCUCAGCCCCACCUUCGACGCCCCUGGAGCCGCGGAAGCUGCCGCCGCCACCGCCACCUUGCGACCGGCAGCCCCCGAUCCGUAGAAUCACUCCAGCUCUGGUCACAUCCGCCACAAGCCCCCCCGAAGGCCAGGCCAAGCCCAACAGCGAGGGUCCCACGGCCGGCGGGGCCCGCGGAGGAGCGCCUCCCCAAGCGGGAGAAAACGAAAUGGCCCGCUCUGCGGCUUCUGAAUCAGGCCUGAGCCUGCUGUGUAAAGUCACCUUCAAGUCGGGGCCCUCCUUGUCGCCUGCCGCGGCCCCGAGUCCUUUAGCGCCCAAAGCCUCGCUUGGGGGCGGCGGACUCUUCGCCCCCUCGGGCGGCAUUUCUUAUGCUGAGGCUCUGAAGCAGGGGCCCCUGGCUCCCGGGGCCGCUCGCCCUCUGGGAGAGUUCUCUCGUGGGGCACAGGAAACCGAGGGCGGUGAUGGCGAUGGCGAAGGGUGUUCUGGUCCCCCUUCGGCGCCUGCGCCCCACAACCGGGCCCCACCGCCGCCCCCCUACACCACUUUCCCAGGCUCGAAGCCCAAAUUCGACUGGGUGAGCUCUCCUGAAGGCCCUGAGCGCCACUUCCGCUUCAACGGAGCUGGAGGGGGCGUCGGGGCGCCCCGACGGCGGGCGGCCGCGCUCUCGGGGCCUUGGGGCUCUCCCCCGCCACCGUCAGGGCAGACGCACUCGGCUCCCGGGCCCCGAAGGCCCACGCCUGCCCUGCUGGCGCCUCCGAUGUUCAUCUUCCCGGCGCCCACCAAUGGCGAGCCCGUGCGCUCGGGGCCUCCGGGUUCGCAGCAGAUACCGCCACCGCCGCCGCCGCCGCCGCCGCCGCCGCCGUCGCCGCCCACGCCACCAGCCACGCCGCCUCCCGCACCGCCGCCCGCACCGCAGCCCACACCACAGCCCGCGGCCCUCCAGCCAACGCCGCUGCUGGUGGCCCGCCCACCCACCCCAGCAGUGGGCCUCGAGGAGUCAGUCCUGGCUACCACCCCAGCCCCUACCCUGUCCCCUGCCUUGGCCGCGGAGCAGAUCCCGGCACCCGCCCUGCCCCCAUCCCCAUCCCCAGCUCCCAUCACCUCCCAGCCUUCGACGCCCGCGCCCCCGCCUAUCAAGGGUCGCACGCGCAGGAACAAGGGUCCACGCGCGGCACGAGUCGCGGCUCGUGAAGAUGCCACGCCUGGAGAUGGCCCUCGCGAACGAACUACAGCUACCGAUAGCGGGGGUGGUGGCAGCGGGGUCCCUACCAAGGGCGCCGCGCACCGCUGGCCGCCUUUUCAGGUGCUUAACUCUUGUCCUUGCAAGUGUUACUGCCGCCACCAGUCCCGCCAUCGUCGCCUGCCACGCAACGUGUCUGCCUGGUUGAGAACACCUACCAACCACCUGAGCGAGCCACCCUGGGUUGCCACCAUCAAGCUGGCUGGAUCCUUGGUAGCUGGGUUGGAACACUACGACUUGCAAGCCACCCAUUCCAACUGA